GAAAAAAAGUGUGUUUAUAGAUUUCAGAGACAGGAGAAGGUAUACAGCGCACACUGUUGUGUUCCGCUAUGUACAUCUUCUGCAAAGUUCAACGGAACUUUAAGUUUUCAGUUUUCCUGCAGAUGUCGACCUUAGAAAAUGGUUGCUUGUGAACAUAAGCCGAGACGAUUUUUGUCCUACCAGCAAUUCUAAGGUUUGCAGUAAACAUUUUAGCAUUGAUCAGUUUAGUGAACCGCAAACACCAGAGGCACGGAGAAAGUUGGUAACUUGCGCUGUGCCAGUGCUCUUUGCCUGGAAUAAUUACACAGUUAAAGCACUGCGGCCCAGUGUGUGGGAGAGGAGAGAGAGGCCUGCUGAAGUGGUAUCCGCUGAACCCGUACCCAUGGAUGUAACAAUGGAUCAUGAUUACUGUAGCAUUCCUGAGCCUUCUUCAUUAGACCUGGCAUGUGCUAAAGUAGACGAACUCUCUAAUGAAGUGGAGGAGCUGAAAAAACAGCUACAUGAGCUACACGUUCAGCGUGAUUUUGGAUUGGAGCGGUUUUUCGGCUCAGAUGAGGACAUCAGAUUUUACACAAGGUUUCCCAGCUACCGUCACCUGAUGUCAUUCUGGUGGCUAAUCGAGCCAUCCAUGCACAAAAUCAUUCGUGUGUCUAUAUCGAAAUCUGCUGCUAGAAAGCAUGAAGAUAUCACACGUGUACUGCCACCAUCAGAGAGACAGCUGCUGCAGCCAAUCGAUGAGUUUUUUCUUUUCCUUAUCUACCUGUCAGUUGGUUUAAAGGAGAGAGACCUGGCACACCGAUUUCAUAUGCAUCCUUCCACAGUGAGCAGAAUAAUUUCGACGUGGACAAACUACCUCUAUACACUGCUGGGAUCAGUGUGUGUGUGGCUUUCAGCAGCUGAUGUGAAAUCUAACCUCCUUGAAGAGUUCACGGAUUUCCCAGACACACAGGUCAUCAUUGACUGCACUGAGAUCAGAUGUCAAAUACUGUCCUAACCACUACUCCAAAGUGAAAUGUACUCAAAUUACAAAUCUCACUGCACAAUGAAAUGCCUCAUUGGAAUAGCUCCUCAUGGACCAGUGACAUUUGUCUCUCAGCUUUAUGCUGGGUCAAUGAGUGACAGGGAGCUCUUUAAACAGUGUGGGAUAACAAAAAGACUGACAGAAGACAUGGCAGUUAUGGUUGAUAAAGGCUUUCUGAUUAGUGACUGUGUCAGUUGCAAAGUGUACUGUCCACCGUUUCUCUCCAGGUUAAAGCAGAUGCCAGCACACCAGGUGAAAGAAACACAGGCAAUAGCAAGACUGCGUGUGCAUGUGGAACGAGUCAUCAGGAGGAUUAAACAAAACAAACUUUUUGAUUGUGUCAUCACACUUUCCCAAAGUGUUAACAUUAAUCAACUUUUUACAGUUGCAUGUCUGUUGUCAAAUUAUCAAAACAAGGCAUUAGUGAAGACAUGGAUCAAAUGAGAUCAACUCUUAUAU